AUGUUUCUUUCUCACUUGGUUCACUUAAAAAUUUGUCCAUCACUUUUGUUUCGUCUUUGCAACCCUGAAUAUAGCAUAUCAGCUGAGUGAUUGUCAACGUGAAAUGUGUAGUUUACGUUUACAAGCAUUUUUAUUCAUUUCAAUAGAUUAACGCGUUUGUUUAAGAUGUUAUUUUUCAUAUAAAUACUAAACACAAAUUUCGUACGUAGUGACUAGUAAAAAAACACAACAUGGAGGAGUUGCGGCGUCUCGAAUAUUUAUCGUUGGUGUCGAAAAUUUGCACCGAACUUGAAAAUCACUUGGGCUUGAACGACAAAGAUUUGGCGGAAUUCAUUAUCGAUUUGGAGGAAAAAAAUCCAACGUUUGAUUCUUUUCGUAAGGCAUUGCAUGAAAAUGGUGCCGAAUUUCCAGAUUCUUUUGUUACUAAUCUACAACGUAUAAUAAAUUUGAUGAAACCUGGUAGAGGAGAAGAGGAACCUGAGGGCAUUAGCAGCGUCAAAAGUGCGAAAGCAGAUCAAUUGACGCGUAUGUUUCCAGGUUUGGCUUUACCAAAUGACAAAUUUAGUAAGUCAUACAGCAGUGGUGGUGAAAGUGAAAAUGCUUCCAGCGAAUCCGAUUCGGAACAUGAGAGAAGCAAUAAUGAAGGAAAAAAAGUUAAGACAAAAAAACGUGAUGAAAUUGAAGAUGUUAUGGACGAGUUAGAAGCGCUGGCGCCAAGUAAACGUAUACAUGUCGAGAAUAAAAAUGAUUUGGACGAUACAAUGGCAGAGUUAGAAGCACUUGCGCCAAGUCAACGAAUAAAAGUGCAUAAAUCUAAGGAUGAAGACACAGAUGACGCUAUGGCAGAAUUGGAAGCGUUGGCUCCUAGUAAACAAUUAAAAAAAGAGCACAAGCCAAAAAAGAGUGACAUCGACGAUGCUAUGGACAAGUUGGAGGCUCUAGCGCCAAGUGCUCAAAAGAAAUAUGAAGAUACCAAAGUGAAGACAGAAAAGAAGAGAAAGCUCGAUCGGCAUUCACGUUCGCGAUCAAAAGAGCGCACAAGCCGCCAUGAACGCAGUAGCCGUCGAGAUAGAAGUCGAGAUAAACGAUCACGUUCUUAUUCGCCAAGCGAGAAAAGAAAUAGCGAUAGGCGAAGGCGUUCACGUAGUAAAUCACGCCAUCGUGACCGGGAUCACGAACGAAUUAAGGAUCGAGAACGUGAGCGCGACCGCAGUGAUCGAAGACGUCGUUCGCGUUCUCGUUCCCAUGGUCACAGUACGAGCAGUAGUAGCAGACGUCGCUCACGAUCACGUUCGCGUGAUCGUCAUCGCCGCUCCAGAUCCCGAGAUCGCGGUGACCGUAGUGGCAGAAAAAGAUCUCGAUCAAGAGAGCGAAAUGAACGUAGCGCACGUAAGCGCUCACGUUCUAAUUCCGGAGAACGCCACGGGCGUAAUGAAAAAAUGCCUCCACCAGCGACACUGCCUGACGAUCCAGAACCGGGUAAAAUUUAUACAGGCAAAGUAGCUAAUAUUGUACCAUUCGGAUGCUUUGUUCAACUUUUUGGACUGCGUAAACGCUGGGAAGGGCUUGUUCAUAUUUCACAGUUACGAUCCGAAGGACGUGUAACCGAUGUUACAGAAGUUGUGCAGCGAAAUUCAAAUGUAAAAGUCAAAGUAAUGUCUAUUGCUGGACAAAAGGUUUCACUCUCAAUGAAAGAAGUUGAUCAGGCAACUGGUAGAGACUUGAAUCCUUUAUCACAUGUUGCACCUGAGGAUGAAAUGAGAGAUCGUAACCCAGAUCGCCCAUACAGUGGUACCUCGUUACUAAAUCUACAAGGUGGCAGUAUGGAUAACGAUGAAAGUGAUUCCCGCAAACGAGUGACGCGUAUAUCAAGUCCCGAACGUUGGGAAAUCAAACAGAUGAUUAGUUCUGGCGUUAUUGAUCGCAGUGAAAUGCCUGACUUCGACGAAGAAACCGGUCUUAUUCAAAAGGAGGAAGAUGAUGAAGCCGAUAUUGAAAUUGAAAUAGUAGAAGAGGAACCACCAUUCCUUUCAGGGCAUGGUCGGGCACUGCACGAUCUUUCUCCCGUGCGGAUUGUUAAAAAUCCCGAUGGUUCGCUGGCACAAGCAGCUAUGAUGCAAUCAGCUCUAUCAAAAGAAAGACGAGAACAGAAAAUGUUGCAGCGGGAACAAGAUGCGGUAGCGCCAACAAAUAUGAGCCGCAACUGGAUCGAUCCAUUACCUGAUGAGGACGAGUCGCGCACUAUGACCAAUACACGUGGAAUUGGCUCUGGUGCAACCAUUGAGGUACCCGAGUGGAAGAAGCAUGUCAUCGGCGGCAAAAAAUCAUCAUUUGGUAAAAAAACAGAUAUGUCGCUAUUGGAACAACGUCAAUCGCUGCCCAUUUAUAAGCUGCGCGAUGACCUUAUUAAAGCUGUUUCGGACAAUCAAAUAUUGAUUGUCAUUGGUGAGACGGGUUCCGGCAAGACAACGCAAAUUACACAAUAUUUAGCUGAGAGCGGCUUCACUGCGCGCGGCAAAAUCGGUUGCACACAACCACGUCGUGUAGCCGCCAUGUCUGUGGCCAAACGUGUGGCAGAAGAGUUCGGUUGUCGCCUUGGUCAAGAAGUGGGCUAUACUAUACGUUUCGAGGAUUGCACUAGCCCGGAAACGGUUAUCAAAUACAUGACUGACGGUAUGUUGUUGCGCGAAUGUUUGAUGGAGUCUGAUCUGAAAUCCUAUUCCGUGAUUAUGUUGGAUGAAGCGCACGAACGUACGAUACAUACGGACAUACUCUUUGGUUUACUGAAGGGAGCAGUACAAAAGCGACCAGAGCUAAAGCUAAUUGUCACCUCAGCUACACUCGACGCAGUGAAAUUCUCGCAGUAUUUCUUUGAAGCGCCUAUCUUCACCAUACCCGGUCGUACCUUCCCCGUGGAAGUUUUGUACACGAAAGAACCGGAAACAGAUUACUUAGAUGCUUCUUUGAUUACUGUUAUGCAAAUACAUUUGCGCGAGCCACCAGGUGAUAUAUUACUUUUCCUUACGGGCCAGGAGGAGAUUGACACCGCUUGCGAGAUCCUGUACGAACGUAUGAAAAGCUUAGGGCCUGAUGUGCCCGAAUUAAUUAUACUGCCUGUGUACUCGGCGCUGCCCUCAGAAAUGCAGACGCGUAUCUUCGAUCCAGCGCCAGCUGGUAGUCGCAAAGUUGUCAUAGCCACAAAUAUUGCUGAAACCUCAUUGACUAUUGAUGGCAUUUUUUAUGUCGUUGAUCCGGGUUUCGUCAAACAGAAAGUAUAUAAUUCAAAGACCGGCAUGGACUCAUUGGUGGUCACACCAAUUUCACAAGCCGCUGCUAAACAGCGUGCUGGACGCGCUGGUCGCACAGGACCCGGAAAAUGUUAUCGCUUAUACACGGAGCGUGCUUACCGUGAUGAAAUGUUGCCAACGCCUGUUCCUGAGAUACAGCGAACUAAUUUGGCCAUGACGGUAUUGCAACUGAAGACAAUGGGUAUUAACGAUUUGCUGCAUUUCGAUUUCAUGGAUGCGCCACCUGUGGAAUCUCUGGUAAUGGCUUUGGAAAACUUACAUUCACUUUCCGCGCUAGAUGAUGAGGGUUUGCUCACUCGCUUAGGACGCCGGAUGGCGGAAUUUCCAUUGGAGCCAAAUCUCUCCAAAAUGCUUAUCAUGUCCGUAGCUUUGCAAUGCUCCGACGAAGUUCUCACAAUUGUAUCCAUGUUGAGUGUACAAAAUGUUUUCUAUCGACCCAAGGACAAGCAAGCGUUGGCUGAUCAAAAGAAGGCAAAAUUCAAUCAGCCCGAAGGUGAUCAUCUUACAUUACUUGCCGUCUACAACAGCUGGAAGAAUAAUAAAUUCUCAAAUGCUUGGUGUUACGAGAAUUUCGUACAAAUUCGUACCCUCAAACGUUCGCAAGAUGUGCGCAAACAGCUGCUCGGUAUCAUGGAUCGUCAUAAGUUGGAUGUUGUUUCGGCAGGCAAGAACUCAGUGCGGAUUCAAAAAGCUAUAUGCUCAGGCUUCUUCCGCAACGCUGCGAAAAAGGAUCCUCAGGAGGGUUAUCGUACACUUGUCGAUUCUCAAGUGGUCUAUAUUCAUCCUUCUAGCGCGUUAUUUAAUCGUCAACCAGAGUGGGUUGUUUAUCACGAAUUGGUGCAGACAACCAAGGAAUAUAUGCGUGAAGUAACGACCAUUGAUCCGAAAUGGUUGGUAGAAUUCGCACCCUCUUUCUUCCGCUUCUCCGACCCAACGAAAUUGAGUAAAUUCAAGAAAAAUCAACGCCUGGAACCGUUGUAUAAUAAAUACGAAGAGCCGAAUGCUUGGCGCAUAUCGCGUGUCCGACGAAGGCGAAACUAAGUUACACACUUUUUUUAGCAUUUAAUGUAAUUCUUGUAUGUACAACAUAAGUUAGUAUUUAACUAUCAUUUUUAUUUAAAUUAUGAAAUAAAAAACAUUGCGGUAGGCCAAA